AGUGGGGGCCGGAGUGGGUGCCCUUCAGCCCUUGCCCCUGUCUUCUGCCUUGGCUUGGGCCUUUCUAGCAGGGGCGCAGCGUGGCACACAAGUUUCAACACAGGCAGGUGGGCCGGGCUUUCUGGUUCAGGAAAAGGUCAAGAAAGGCAUUGGAGAACCAGAUGUUGCUGCAGUAGAGUCCGAAAGGCUUUGGCUUUCUGCCGCCCGACCCCUCUGGUCCUCGUGGAGCUUCAGUGCUGGGGGUCAAACCCAGGAUCUUGCAUAUACCAAGUUUCUAGAAGUAGAUGAAGAUUAUUUGCUGAGAUGUCAGGUGGGAAUUCCUCACGCAAAAGCCUGGAAAUGGACAGCUUCCACAGAAGGUUCAGCGCCUGGACGCCCUUCAGCAACAUGCCUUUGAACAGACAGCUCUUUCAGGAAAGAGUUGCCCUUAUAAGUCAUUGGUUUGACCUCUGGACCAACAAGCAGCGCCAAGAAUUCUUAGUCACAAUUUUUUUACGAUGCACUAAAUCACAAUUAAGGUUUGUCCAAGACUGGUUUUCAGAGAAAAAGCAAGUGGCCAGAGUGGAUUUCUCUACCGUGCUGCCGCGCUUCAUUUCUCUGUACAUCUUUUCGUUCCUGAACCCCAAGGAUUUGUGUGCAGCUGCCCAAGUCAGCUGGCCCUGGAGAUUUCUCACGGAACAGGAUAGUCUCCCUGGAAAUUUGAAUUCCAAGUUGGUAGUUAAGGACUCUGACUUUUCAGCUGGAACUGCCAUCUUCCAAGAAUUUGCCAAAAUGACUAACACAAAGGUCAAGAUUCUCUUUGUUCCUUGUAGAAGCAAUAUUUCUGGAAGCCAUUCCUACCCUUCAUUGUCAAAGAAAAAUUGGCACGGAGUUCAUAAAAAGGAUGACAGCUCUUCAUGUACUCUGCAGCCGCACUUCAUAUUAAUAUCGUCUCGGGUCCCUGCAUAUGAGCUGGUGGUGGACAGCGUGCAGGCCGGCGUCCUCUCUGUGGUCUACGAGCACAGCGGCACGACUCUGGACGGCCUGCUUCACCUCACAGAGCGAGCGCUGGCCGGGAGGAAGGCGCGGAGUGUGGGGAUAUUCAGCGAGGGAGACAGCAGAGAAAUCAAUUUACUGCAAGGCUAUAAAAUUGGUAUUAAAAAUUUACUGAGGCCUGAAGUGAGAGACUUCUGGGAGAAGUUGGGAAGUCAUGUGGCAACCGAGGAAGAAGGGGGACACGUCGACCUCUUUGUGCCGCUUGGAGCCUCAGAGGCAGGCGUGGAGGCCCUUGCUCAGCUGACUCGGCUCACCGGCACGCUCUUCACAGCCCCCGCAGGGAUCGCCACAGGCUCGUACCAACACGUUCUCAGUGAGUGGCUGGGGCCGCCGGGGGACAGAGCUCCGCCUUUAGUCUACUUCAGCGAACCCAAGCUGCAGAGCUGGGCCCACUGGGCAGAGGUCCUGGAAGACACCCUGAAAUCAGUGAGGAAGGAGCUCGGUUAUCUCUCGGAGGAACUGCACAAGCACAUCAUUGCCAGGGCGGACAAACCUCUGGAGUUCUUGUCAGAUUUUCUGCUGAAGAAAAGUAAAAAGAGCCAGUAUUGUGAAGGGAAUGCUCUUCCGACACAAGGUGACCCGAAAGGAACUCUCGGUUUGUUCAGGAAGAAAAGAAAUGUGAUACCAGAUGAUUCUCAGGAAACCAAGUCAAGCCUGAGUGCACAUGAGGUUCACACAGAGAGGCUGGCUGUGCUGGAGCGGCAGCUGCAGCGGGGCUCCGGGGAGCAGCGGAGCGCGGUGGCCAGGGAGCUCCUGCGGAGCGAGCGGAAGUACGUGCGGCUGCUGGCGGCGGUGCGGGACGCGUACGCGGCGCCCCUGAGCGCGGCGCUGGCGGCCAACAGGGCGAUCCUGAGCGCCGCGAACAUCCAGAUCAUCUUCGCUGAUAUUCUGCGGAUCUUAAAUCUGAACAGGCAGUUAUUGGAUAACCUGGGAGAGAGACUACAGGAAUGGGGCCCAGCCCACUGUGUGGGGGACAUAUUUAUGAAGUUUGGGAGCCAGUUGAAUAUAUACACCAACUUCUUCAACAAUUAUCCUGUUGUUCUGAGAACUAUCGAGAAGUGCCGAGAAAGGACACCAGCAUUCCGAGCAUUCUUGCAGGGGUGUGACAAGACGAUCGCCACCAGCAUGCUGAGCCUGCCAGAGCUGCUGCUGUGCCCGUCCCGGAGAUUUGAAGAGUAUGUGAGUCUGCUCUAUGCGCUGAGGCUGCACACUCCUGCAGAACACGCCGGCCGCGGGGUGCUGACUGCUGCGAUUGACCAGAUCAAAGACUACAAAGCUUACCUAGAUCAGAUAAAGGAAAAUGUCCACAUGAAAGAGCAGCUGUCACACAUACAGAGACUCAUCCGCGGGUGCCCCACUCUAUCAGAAGUAAACAGACAUCUGAUUAGGGUCCAAAAUGUAGUCCAGCUUCGUUGCCCAGAUGAGGAAAUAUGUUUCUCUUCAAGGCUCUAUGAACAAGUCUGUGACCUCACGCUCUUCCUCUUCAACGAUGCACUGCUUAUUUCUAGUCGGGGCACAUCUCAUAUUCCGUUUGAAAGGACUUCAAAAACCACCUACCAGUUUACUGCAUCGGUGGCCCUUCACAGAUUACUUAUAGAAGAUAUCCCAGAUUCCAAGUAUGUCAAGAAUGCAUUUAUUCUUCAAGGUCCAAAGCAUGAAUGGAUCUGUGCUACUGAAGCGGAGGAUGACAAGUUCCUCUGGUUGUCAGCACUCCAAAUAGCAGUCAGAAGCAGCAUGGACAAGUGAGGCCAGGUGCUGCAGCGCCGGGACGCCAGCUCUGACAAGGGUGGAAACAGCAUCCAGCACAAUGCAGAGGGACUAACCGUCAUGGGUGGUGAUGGCAUGAACCAGGACGACCCGUAAAGUUUGGACUUCAUCAUCUGGAUGAAGUUAUGCAGGACCUAUAAAACAAUGAGUCUGAAAUUUUGAACCACUUUUUUUUGGUAGUUAUUUUUCAUGGGUGAUACUAUUUAAAAUAAUCUGAUGUGAUAAAUUCUAGAAGCAUAUUGUGUGUAGUUUUCAAAAAAUGAUCUCAUGAAAAAGCCAGAACAAAAAAUGGUAUUAAAUGACCACUCUGAAAAAACAAAAUCACUAUUUAUCAUCCUUAAAUUUUUCAUAAAACAAUUAUUGAUUUAAAAAUA